UUUCCCACAAGCCAGGGGAAAGAUGACAACCAGCGUCCUGCCUUCAGCAGGGGAUGGAUAUUGCUAUUACAUCCUCACGGAUGACUGUGCCUAUGGCAGCAAGUACUUCCAAGCUGGGAACAUCUGUUACUGCAGCGAGAGGAGUUACCUCCGCAAUUUCUCUGAUGACCGGCCCCCGACCUGUUUCCUCAAAGUCAUCAUGUUGGAUGACAGCUCCACUGUCACCAUCAAUGUGGAAAUCCUGGAGCCCGUGCGCGAGGAGACAACCGCCUUCCUCCUCGCCAUCAGCAGCCACCGCGAACGCCUCAACUAUUUCUUGGAUGGGCUGGGUCUUGAGGCAGCUCUGAAGGCAACGCCCGGCCAAAAAGUGCUGGUGGAGGUUGAACGGCAGCAAUUCCCUGGUGUCAUCCGCUACAUUGGGAGCGUUCACAAAAAUACCUCAGCUGUGCUUUGUCCCGUCUUCUUUGGGGUGGAGUUACAGGGUGAAGGCGAAAACAGAGGGCGCAGCGAUGGCUCUUACCACGGCACUGAGUAUUUCAAGUGCAAGCGGAACUGUGGGGUCUUCCUGCCAUUUAACAGAAUCCAGUUUACUCCUGCGCCAGACACCGACUACACAAAGCAGAAGCCCAAGGCAGAUGCGGAGGAGGUGGUUCCUGUGAAAGUAGGAGAUGCCAUUAGUUUCUACGUGGACGAGGUGCUCACAAAGGGAAUAGCAAUGGCGGUUUACAGGGAGGGAAGCCAGUGGUUCGUUAAAGUUUGUCCGGAAGAAGAAGGAACAACUGACAUUUUCAGAGAAAUCCCUAUGGACUCUGUUGUGAAGGAAAACUUGCUCUCUCAAAAUUUGUUUUUACCGUACGAGUCUGAUAUGGACCCAGGACAUCCAAAUCAGAUGAAACAAGAGCUGAGUGAGAGCGGUGAGGAUUGUGAAAGUGGAAACUCAUCCCUGGAGGUGAACUCCAUGGUCCAGAUCACCUUGGACAAGGGCAAUCAGGUGUCAGGAAUCAUCCGCUGGUUGGGAUACUUGCCCCAAAUUAAGCACAAAAUGGCAGGAGUUGAACUGGAUGAAGACAAGGGGGUCACAGCUGGCGAGUGGCUGGGCAAAUACUAUUUCCACUGUGCUCCGAAGCGGGGCCUCUUUGUGAAGCUGCAGUCGUGCCAGCCCGACAUUCGCUUCCAGUGUUCGCCCCACAGUGACCUGAAUCUUAUGGAUUAUAGAGAGCAAGAAGCUCUUCCCCAGGUCCGGGUGAAUUUUCCUCCCCUCGGGAAUGAGAGGGCAGUGCAGGUCCUGCAAGGGCGGAUGAAGGGGAUUCAAGGCCACUGUAAUUCCUGCUACAUGGAUGCAGCUCUCUUCAGCCUCUUCUCCUGUACGUCCGUGCUGGACUCCAUGCUCUUCAAGCCCUUCCCACUGUGUGACAGGAACGUCCAAAACAUUCUGCGGGAUGAGAUUGUGAAUCCCCUUCGGAAGACUGGCUUCGUCAUGGCCAGGAGUGUGAUGCACCUCAGGGAGCAGCUAACUGAGAAGGGCCAGUAUUCGAGUUUUACCACUGCUGAGAAAGAUCCUGAGGAGUUCCUCAAUCUGAUAAUGCAUCAGAUCCUGGGAAUAGAGCCACUCCUGAAACUGCAGUCCGGAGGCCAGGAGGAGCAGGAAUCUUACUGCUACCAGAUAUUUAUGGACAAACAGGAGGAUCUGGUGAUUCCUGAUGUGCAGCAGUUAGUGGAACACUCCUUCCUGUCCUCCGAUCUGAAGCUAGUGGAGAUCCCAUCUUGCUUCAUUAUCCAAAUGCCACGUUUUGGGAAGGAGUAUAAAAUGUUCAGCAAAAUCAUUCCUUCCUUAGAGCUGGAUAUAACUGACCUGCUGCUUGACAGUCCCAGGGAGUGCUGUGUGUGUGGCGACGUGGCAACCCUCGAGUGUUCGGAGUGCUUCAAGGACAAGGUGUUCGCAGCCUCGGGCCUGAAGCAGUUCUGCAGCUCCUGCUCCAGACAGGUUCACUCCCAUUACCGGCGCAAAGGCCACAAGCUGAGCAGGCUGCGCAUCCCCGAGGAGUUCCACAGCAGGAGCCCCCACGGCGGCCAGCGGGUCCCACGCGAGAAGCUGGAGCUCUUUGCAGUGCUCUGCAUCGAGACCAGCCACUACGUCUCCUUCGUGAAAUACGGCCCCGAGAACAAGCACUGGAUGUUCUUUGACAGCAUGGCCGACCGGCACGGAGAUGAAAAGGGCUUCAACAUUCCCAUGGUAACGCUGUGCCCUGAAGUUGCCAAAUACCUGGAGUUGCCAGUGGCCACCCUGGCCCUGGAGCAACCCCGUGACAUGGACGGCGUGGCCAAGCGCCUCUUCUGCGACGCCUACAUGUACAUGUACCAGAGCAAGAAGAUGGCACUUUACAAGUGA